GCGGCCGCCGGCGGGGGCGCUGUUGUCCCUGUGGUGACCCAUAAGCGGGGGAGUGAGAGGUGCAUGAAAUGGAGAAAAAUGGCGGAUCAUGUGCAGGGCCUUGCCCAGCUGGAGAUCCUGUGUAAGCAGCUGUACGAGACCACCGACACCGCCGUCCGACACCAGGCCGAGAAAGCUCUGGUGGAGUUCACCAACAGCCCCGACUGUCUCAGCAAAUGUCAGCUGCUGCUGGAGAGAGGCAGCUCUUCAUAUUCUCAGCUGCUCGCAGCCACCUGUUUGUCUAAACUGGUUUCUCGGACCAGCAACCCUCUACCCCUCGAGCAACGCAUCGACAUCCGGAACUAUGUGCUGAACUAUCUGGCGACACGGCCGAAGUUGGCGGCGUUUGUGACGCAGGCGCUGAUCCAGCUUUACGCCAGGAUCACCAAGCUGGGCUGGUUCGACUGUCAGAAGGACGACUACGUCUUCAGAAACGUGAUCGGCGACGUGACGCGCUUCCUGCAGGACAGCGUUGAACACUGCAUCAUAGGCGUCACCAUCCUGUCCCAGCUGACCAAUGAGAUCAAUCAGGCCGACACGACGCACCCGCUGACCAAACACAGGAAGAUCGCCUCCUCGUUCAGAGACUCCUCGCUCUUUGACAUUUUCACGCUUUCCUGCAACCUCCUCAAACAGGCUUCGGGGAAGAACCUGAACCUGAACGAUGAGUCCCAGCACGGCCUGCUGAUGCAGCUCCUCAAGCUCAGCUACAAUUGCCUCAACUACGACUUCAUAGGAACCUCCACGGACGAGUCGUCGGACGACCUGUGCACCGUGCAGAUCCCCACAUCAUGGAGAUCAGCCUUUCUCGAUUCCUCCACCCUGCAGCUGUUUUUCAAUUUGUAUCAUUCCAUCCCUCCAUCCCUUUCCCCGUUGGUGUUGUCGUGUCUAGUUCAGAUCGCCUCAGUCCGGAGGUCUCUUUUCAACAACGCAGAGCGAGCGAAGUUUCUCUCACACUUGGUGGACGGGGUGAAGAGGAUAUUGGCAAACCCACAGUGUUUGCCCGAUCCGAACAACUACCACGAGUUCUGCCGCCUGCUGGCGAGGCUGAAGAGUAACUACCAGCUGGGCGAGCUGGUCAAAGUAGAGAACUACCCCGAGGUCAUUCGCCUCAUCGCCAACUUCACCGUCACCAGUCUGCAGCACUGGGAGUUCGCCCCCAACAGUGUUCACUACCUGCUGAGCCUGUGGCAGCGCCUGGCAGCGUCGGUCCCUUAUGUCAAAGCCACGGAGCCCCACCUGCUGGAGACGUACACCCCGGAGGUCACCAAGGCCUACAUCACGUCCCGGCUCGAGUCGGUCCACGUCAUCCUCAGAGACGGGCUGGAGGACCCUCUGGACGACGCCGGCCUCGUUCAGCAGCAGCUGGACCAGCUGUCCACCAUCGGCAGGUGCGAAUACGAGAAGACGUGCGCUCUGCUCGUCCAGCUGUUCGACCAGGCGGCUCAGACCUACCAGGAGCUGCUGCAGUCCACCAACUCGAGUGCCAUGGACAUCACGGUGCAGGAGGGUCGGCUCACGUGGUUGGUUUAUAUAAUCGGGGCGGUGAUCGGAGGACGGGUGUCGUUUGCCAGCACGGACGAGCAGGAUGCCAUGGACGGAGAGUUGGUCUGUCGGGUGUUGCAGCUCAUGAAUCUCACGGACUCACGGCUCGCUCAGGCCGGGAAUGAGAGGCUCGAGCUCGCCAUGCUCAGCUUCUUCGAGCAGUUCAGGAAGAUAUACAUCGGUGACCAGGUGCAGAAAUCAUCUAAGCUUUAUCGACGACUAUCAGAAGUUUUGGGCUUGAACGAUGAGACGAUGGUACUCAGCGUCUUUAUAGGGAAAAUUAUCACAAACUUGAAGUACUGGGGCCAGUGUGAACCAAUCACCUCCAAGACACUCCAGCUCCUCAACGACCUCUCCCUAGGAUACAGCAGUGUGAGGAAGCUGGUGAAGCUCAGCGCUGUCCAGUUCAUGCUGAAUAACCACACGAGCGAGCACUUCUCCUUCCUGGGAGUGAACAACCAAUCCAACCUGAGCGACAUGAGGUGUCGGACCACCUUCUACACGGCACUGGGACGCCUGCUGAUGGUCGAUUUAGGUGAGGAUGAGGACCAGUUCGAACAGUUCAUGCUGCCUCUGACGGCGGCGUUUGAAGCUGUGGCUCAGAUGCUGAGUACAAACACUUUCAACGAGCAGGAAGCCAAGAGGACUCUGGUGGGUUUGGUCCGAGACCUGCGAGGGAUCGCGUUCGCCUUCAACGCCAAGACGAGCUUCAUGAUGCUGUUUGACUGGAUAUACCCGGCCUACAUGCCCAUCCUGCAGCGGGCCAUCGAGCUGUGGUACCACGACCCAGCAUGCACCACGCCGGUCCUCAAACUCAUGGCUGAGCUCGUCCACAACAGAUCCCAGCGGCUUCAGUUUGAUGUGUCAUCACCAAACGGCAUCCUGCUGUUCAGAGAGACCAGCAAGAUGAUUACGACCUAUGGGAAUCGUAUCCUGACGCUGGGCGAAGUCCCGAAGGAUCAGGUGUACGGGGUGAAGCUGAAGGGCGUCAGCGUGUGUUUCGCCAUGCUGAAGGCGGUGCUCAGCGGGAACUACGUCAACUUCGGGGUCUUCCGUCUGUAUGGCGAUGACGCCCUGGAUAACGCCUUGCAGACCUUCAUCAAACUACUGCUGUCCAUCCCUCACAGUGACCUCCUGGACUACCCGAAGCUCAGCCAGUCCUUCUACUCUCUGCUGGAGGUGCUGACACAGGACCACAUGAACUUCAUCGCCAGCCUGGAGCCUCACGUCGUCAUGUACAUCCUGUCCUCGAUAUCAGAAGGUCUCACAGCGCUCGAUACGAUGGUGUGCACCGGCUGCUGCUCCAGUCUGGACCACAUCGUCACCUACCUGUUCAAGCAGCUAUCACGCUCCACGAAGAAGCGGCCCACUCCGAUGGCGACAGACGACCGCUUCCUGCACAUCAUGCAGCAGCACCCGGAGAUGAUCCAGCAGAUGCUGUCCACUGUUCUGAACAUCAUCAUCUUCGAGGACUGCAGGAACCAGUGGUCGAUGUCGCGGCCUCUCUUAGGCCUCAUCCUGCUCAACGAGAAGUAUUUCGCUGACCUGAGGAACAGCAUCGUCAACAGCCAGCCGCCCGAGAAGCAGCAAGCCAUGCACUUAUGUUUCGAGAACUUGAUGGAGGGAAUCGAGAGAAAUCUACUAACGAAGAACCGGGACAGGUUCACUCAGAACUUGUCGGUGUUCAGGAGGGAGGUGAACGACAGCAUGAAGAACUCAACAUACGGCGUCAACAGCAACGACAUGAUGAGCUGACAUUCCACGCGGCCACCCGCCGAGCUCGCCCCUCCCCUCGCCCCACCCUCACCCCUUCACGGCCUCCUCCCCACCUCUCUGCAUCCCCCUCUCCCCCCCCGGGCCCGGAUGCCUGGGGAUCAUCGCCCCAACACGACGCUGAUUCGACCCUCCCCCUCCUCCUUUUUGAUAUAAGCAUAUAUAAAUAUAUACAGAUCUAUUUUAAAGCCAGCCCGUGUCGCCCGACUCGCCUGGCUGCUCGA